AUGAAAUUGUUCCUACUUUUAUCACUAAUCCUUUUAGUUUCUCAAGGUAGAAAAAUCAUUAAAAAACACGUCAAGGGUGAGAGACAUUCAAGAUAGCCUGAUUUCGAUCCCAAUUAAUUAAAUUCAGAUGAGUUGAUUGAUAAGUUUAGUGAAUCUGAAAUCUAAAUUUCAGAACACUUGACAAUUGGAGAAGACAUUAUUGAUAUAAUAAACAAACAAACAAUUGAAUAUGAAAGCUAAACUAAUUAAUAAUAACAAUAAUUAUAAUAAGAAGAUAUAACAUCUACACAUGAACAAUCAGAUUAGAUUGAUCUAGAAUAAGUAGAGUUUGACUAAUUACUACAAUAGCUAGCAAAUGAAAAUCAUGACAUAGAUGUCGAAAUACCAUUUGUUGAAGAGGGUGUUGUAUGGGGCGAUAAAUUAGAUGAAUAAAUUGAAACUAAACCUGGAGAUUAAAUUUAACAUCAAUAGGAUAAUUAAUAAAAUAGCGAUUAGAUUGAAUAGUUUAAUGAUGCAAAUGCUUAAAAUAAUUUUGAACCCAUUCCUCCUAUUGUCCUUGAAGAAUAAAUAUAACAUUAAGAAGAAGUAAAAUAAUCAGAAUAGGUUGAACUAUAAUAAGAAUAAUAAGACAUUCCUAUUUAAGUAAAUUAGAUCGAUCAAAAUGAUUAGUAAUAAACUAUAGAAAUCAAUGGUUAAGUUGAAAAUGAAUUUAAGGAGGAAGUAUAACAAGAGUAAAUUCCAAAAAUUGAAGAGCUUAUAUUAUAAGUGACUGAUCCUUAAUUAGAGAAUUAAGUUGAAGAUAUACCUAUCUCGUAAGAUAACCAACAAUUAGAAUCCUAGAAAUUAGAGGAACCUGAACAAGUUGUCAACUAACAUUAAGUUAUUCACUAGGAUACACAAAAUGGCGACCAAAUUAUCAAUUAAUAAGAUGUAGACUAAGAAAUUCAUUAAAUUACAAUUGAAAGCACAUAAGAAAAUUCAUAAUAAACUGAUCAAGCAACAAUUUAAUAAACCGAUGAAUAAAUUCAAGUUUAAGAGGACAUCCCACAAAAUUAAGAAUAACCAAUAACCAAAGAUCAAGAAGAUGUUGUAAUAGAAGAUAAUAUAAAUACUGCUUAAAUUAUAGAAGAAAAUUUUGAAUAAUUAGAAGUUUAAGAAAAUGAACCAAUAGUUGAAAAUAAUGAAGACAUUCAAAAUCAAGAUGUUAUUCAAUAAUAGGAAUAAGAGUAAACCUAAAAAAAUGAAGAAAUAAAUGAGACUUUAGAUGAAUAGUUAAAUUAAUAGUCAGAAUAAAUAUCAACUCAAAAUUUAGAUUAAGAAGUUAAAGAAGAUAUAUAAAUCAUCCCAGAAUAAAUAAGAGAAGAGAAUUAGGAUCAAAUUCCAGAAAUUGUAUAAGAAGAAUAUUAAAAUGAAAUUAAUAAUAAUGAUUAAAUAGAAUAAGAAAAUUAAUAAGAUUAAGAAAAUAUUUUGAUUGAUCCUCAUGCCAAUGAAUAUGCAAAUAAUGGGCACUUAAAUCAUGAUGAUCACCAUCAUCAUGACCAUGAACAUCAUCAUCAUCAUCAUUAUGACCAUGAUGACCAUCAUCAUCAUUACCAUACUCAAGACAUUAAUAAUGAAAUAUUAAAUAAUUAAUCUCAAAAUGAAAAUUAAAAUGAUAGUAAUCCAACAGAUCCCAACAAUUCAAUAUCACAAUAACCUUCAUGCUCAUUCGAAAAUAAAUUAUCGUGCUCAGGAGAUACUCAUACAUAAUAUAGUACUGGAGUGGAGACUGAAAAUCAAUCUCUAAAUAAAGAAGAAUUGUUAUAAUACCUUAUAACUCAUUCCUAUUUAUAGUAUUCUACAAAUUAUCCAAUGUAUUUUUUUGGUAUUUUGGCUAAUGCAUUUCUAUUUUCUUUGGUGAUCUUAAAAAAUCUUUUCACCAAGAAACAAAUUCCAUAUUCAGUAACAAUUAUACAUUUAUUAUUAGACACAAAUUAGCAAUGAAUUAUAUAAUGAGGAUAAUGGAGACAAUUCUUAACUUUAAUUUUAGAUUAACUAAUUAGACACUACUUUAUUGGAAAUAAAUACUAAAUUGGAUACUCUGACAAAAUCUUAUCAAAAGAUGUAGAAGGACCAUCAAUUGAUUAAUCAAAGUAUUCAAUUCUAUAUAUAUUUAUAGUUAUAAAUGACCUUUAAACAAAAGUACUUGCUAAUUUAGAAAAAAGAAAACUCAAAGAAUCUUGUAAAUCUCUGAAUGAAAGUAAUGAAGAUGAUGCAGGAGUAAGAUAAAAAAGAACAUAAACACAGACAAAACCUCGAUAGCGACCGACAACCCCAAUUUAAAGAUAAUAUUGAUUAUGUAUAUUUAAUUUCAAGAAUAAUAC